AUGUCAUCGUCUUACGCAGAUGACUGUAGCAGUCCUCUUGGAGUUCAAAUUCGCAAACAAAUCCCAGACAACAAACUAAUGGCAUUAAGCACCUUCCAAGAUGAUUUUAAACAAUUUGGACCCCAACGUGGUAGACUUCAUUCGUCGUCCGCCUAUCGCGCUGAUCCACGCUUAGUAAGCAAGGACGGUCUGGUCUCCGGCGCCUUUAUUAUUGUGCUUCCACAGGAGAAGAUUGUAACGGCAGUUGCGACUCAAGGUUUUAGGGACGAAUGGGUGACAAAAUAUCAAUUGGUAUUUUAUCCUGGAGAUGGGGGUCCUUCAACUAUAACAGAGGUAAGAAGCUCUGAGGUACAUCUAUUCACUUUCAACGAAAAUCGAGUUGACCACGUCGUGAUAUUUCAGUUAGUGCAGCUAAGGUGGAUUUUAAGUUAUGGUGCCACGUUAUCCAGAGGAGUUUCUUCCACACCACUUUCUCCCUUGUUGUCAUAUCGGUGUAAGAUCCCCUCCACAAAUGAGUGAAAAUUUGUUAUUAUGUUAUAUAUCUUAAAUCUAUAUGAUCAGUUUUGAAUCGCUGAAAUUUUCCGUUUUUUUAUAUUUUCAAAAAAAUUAAUUUUAGAUUUUUCAAGGCAAUAUGGACGGCGACACUGUCAGGCUUAACGUAGUUAGCUUCCCAGUAAAGACGUCUCAAGUUCAUAUCUACCCGUUUGAAUUGCAUAAGAAUAUUGCUUUACGUCUUGAGCUCUACGGGUGUGAUCCAGGUGAGAACGAGAACUUAUGAGAUGAGCAUUAGCAAGAAUACGCUUUUCAUGCUAUUCCGACGAUUUUUCUCCAAACAUAUGUAGUUAGAAAAUAAUAAGGCGAAAAUUGUGCGAAUUUUUCUAACACUCCACACACUACAUUUUUUCAAAGGCCACCCUGUUACCCAUGGCAUUAGGGACACCCUUUGGCACUCUCUUUGUGCUAAGUUACAUAGUCCUUAUAUCAUUUAAUUGACGUUUUGAAUGUGUCCGUUUUUAUUACAAGACGAAGUCAUCAAACUCUUUUUGCAUUUUAAAAAGGGUAUCACUUUAAAGUCUGGCUAAAAGUACUUGACACACGCUUUAAGCUCUCCUUCCUGAAUCGUACAAACGAGGAAACAAGAGAAAAAGAGGAACGUGUGCUAUCUAAGGCAAGAAGAGAAAUCUUUAUAUAUUCUAUAUAUUUUUUUUUCGAUUUUUGUUUUGUUUAUAACGUUGUGAGUCAGCUAUUUGAAGUUAAACAUUUAUCAUGCAAAGGAUAAAUGUUUCCAGACAUGGAUGGGUAUACAAGUCAAAUAUCAUAUUUUUGUUUUGUUUUGGUUUUUUACAACUUCUUUUAAAGGUUAAAAGUUACCUUCAGAAUAUACCAGGAUUCUUGGAAACAAAACUUCACAAGUUCAGGUUUGGCAACAUAUUGUGCUGUUAAUUUUUGUCCUUUGAUUUUUUCUUUAUUAUUGUUUUUCUGCUUGUUAUUUAUGUUCGUUUGUUUUUGUAUUCUUGUCUUUGUGUUGCCUCUUUAACUGCAUGCCUUUUCUUCCUUUAGUCCACCUCUCUUCAUCAAUGACUUACAAGAUACACAAGAAAGCAUCGUCGCUGAGAUCGAAAUCUACUGCAUAGAAUCGGCCACUACAGUGAUUAAGGAUAAAAUAAAGAGGGCUUUAGCCAAUCAAAGCGCUGACUCUAUUUUUGACCAAAACAUUCUACUUUAUCCAAGUAAGUGUCAGUCCCUGGUUCAAGCAUCAAAUCCCAACACUUUUCGUUCAGGUGUUGCUAGAGAGUCUCAUGGGAAUAGGCAGCAGCCAACCGAACCAAAGAAAUGGCAAGAGAAGCCGACAAGAUUUCAAAAUUAACACACGUGAUCAUUCAUAAUUGAUUUUGCCUUUGAAAUAUUUGUCGAGUGCGUGACACCAGAGUGCGUGACAACAGAGUGCGUGACACCAACGUUUUAGACCAGAUAAUCAGCGAAGUAACGCAAACAUGUGGGCUGAACUGAAGACCAGGGUUAAACAAUCAGAUACCUUAGACCUUAGAAAAUAAUUAGAGACAUUAGAGACUUAGAGACUUUUACAUCAUGGUGCCACUAACAAAUGUGUGACUCCUGGGGAUUUGCUUUUCUCUCAAUUAAUCGUAGAUGUAUUAUUUCUUAUUUUGGAAUUUUAGGGAAUGCAUUUUCCUUUUAUUGCGCAUAGAUUUACUUUUCUUUAGUAAUUUAGUUGCAUUUUAAGGUUAGUAGGAUCAUUUUAAUUGUAAUAAGAGUGUUCCCAAUUAGUGCUUGUCUUCCGCUGGAACUAGAUCCUUUAGACACUGAACUAAAGUCGUAGUUAUCAUAAUUACCACUAUUAUGAUUAGUAUGUAUAAUAUACGUUCUUUGUAUACUACAUUCUUUCGACAUUCAAAUGAAAAUCUAUGUUCAAGCUAAUCAUCUUACAUGUGCAGGGCAAGUAUAGAAGCAACCUACCGUGAUAACGUAAACUUUGUGGUCUUGCUGGAAUUCGUAAUUGCAGUUUUUAUUUCACUUCUUUUCUAGGUACUGACGAGUGUCAACCACCGAGCUUCAACAUCUCCAUAAGAACAGACCCAAGUCACCCGCAGCUUGUUCCAGUCGACACUACAAAUAACAUGGACAUGUUGACUGUGAAAGCAAAGCUAAACCCAGCAUGCCCUUCUACCCAGAGGAUCAGGUAUACUUGGGAGAUUGCAGCCGUUGAUGUGAAAACAGGACUGUUUAGUAUGAUCUACCGGUGGGGGAAACCACAAUAUGGAAUCAACGAGAUUGUUUUAAGGACAAAUUACAUCCAGGCGGAGGGCAAAUGGCUAACUUUCAUUCGAUGCAUCGUUAGGAAUGCUGACAAAAGAGGUGUAUAUCGUCUAAAGUACGAUUUUGGUUUCAUUAAACUCGUAAAGAUGAUGCCGUUGAAAUGUAGCGUGAAACCAAACCAAGGAAAGGCCGCUUUAGAUGAGUUUGAAAUUAGCUGCGAAGGUUCAUAUGAGCGGAUCAGAGCCAGUAACUACACUGUCAAACUAGAAUCAAGCAGCAAGGAAUUUAUUCUGGCCACCUGGAGAUCGCCUAUAGGAUCAAUAACACUACCAGCUGGAAAUCCAGAGGAAAAUUAUUAUCUUCACUUACGGGUGGAGGCUACGUUUCCUUCAUUGCCUUCACUCUUGGACAAUGUUCAAGUUAAGGUAACUUAAAACUGAAUCAUUUGGCUCUGUAUAAAUGUAGUAGGUUGAGAAUGUUGAUUAAUCUGUUGGCUUCCUUUCGAGGAUGAUGAUUAGCAACAAUAAAAAAAAUAGUCAUUGCAACUCCAUGCCAUAGACAUUGUAGUAGGUUCCGACGGUAACAGCAAUUUUUAUUUCCACUUUUUGCUAUUAAAAUGAUGCUACCUUUGAUUGAUAAUCAUAUUCUAAUAUACAACUCAAUAUUUACAACAUCGAUCAGGUAAAUAAGCCUGAACCUCACGAAAUUCUUCAUGCUGUAAGAAAGAUUAAAGAUCUCAUCUCGGCCAGGAAAUACGAAGAAGCUGCUUACAAAAUAUGGAUCCUUCAACUAUCAUUAAAGGAUACGAGUAUCAGUAUAAGGAGAAAGGUACGUGACAUUUAUAUGCUCACCCAAUACACCUUAUCACGCAGCGCCAUCUUAGAUUACGUGGCAUACCAAACCGAGGCUGGACGGGCAUAAGAAGUCGCGUCGUGACCAGUGAGCUGUUAUUAGCGAUUGAACCUUUCCUUACGAUUGAAGACUUAGCCAGCAGUUUUUAAUCUAUGAAAUAUUAAUUCAUUUUAUAUCCAUAACACUAGAUUCAAUUGAUGAAUCUAAUAUUCUUUUUACAGCAUGUUUUUUAUUUUACUUUUGGCUCAUGCUGUCAAACGCACAUGGUUAUGUUUUGUUUGUUUUUAUUAACUCGGAUUUGGUAAUAUGUAAUAAUUAGAUUCUCCCUCGUUUAUUAGCGUUAUAAUAUGUGGUUUAAAACGAAUUUGCCAGAUAAAGAAAGGCUCUACUCUGGUGUGCUCGGCUCACUUCAAGCCAGAGGAUAUGUAUAAAACUAUGACUGGGCUUACACGUCGAAAACAGCGCAGUUUGCAUGGACCAAGGAGGGCAAAGAGUACCAACAAAAAAAAUUGCAAGGGUAAAAAAAAUUUGCGGACCAGCAAAUAGGAGAGAAGCGACCUCUAUUCUUUGUCAAUUCAGUACGAUUCAAUAGUCAUAAAAAACUGCUGGCUAAGUCUUCAAUCGAAAGGAAAAGUGGAUCGCUAAUAACACGUGCCUCUAACAGCUUAUCGGUCACGACGCGACUCUUACCUCGAAAUCCGGCCCCUCAUCUCGCCUAGUAGCGGCGAGCAUUCGAAGGAAAGUUGAAGAAAGAUAAAUUCUCACCACUUUUAUUUCACUUGUCGUUAGAACAGAAAUUAACGCAGCAAUGAUCGUGAGCCAUGCUUGCUUGUAAUCUUCACUCAAAACACUGUGAUGUAACACAAAACCUAUACCUUAUGCCCGUUCAGCCUCGAUUUGAUGCACCACGCAAUCCAAGAUGGAGCUGCAUGAUAAAGGUGUAUGCAAACAAUGUCUUGUACAAAGCUGGGCCAAGAUAACCCACGGCUAGUGUGAAAUCUGAUUUCAGAUCUGAAAGCUUUAAUGUAAAGCUAAAUUUUGUAUAAUUCCUUUUUCUACAAUUCGAUGGUUGGAUGCUCUAAAGUGAAUGGGGAAAAUUAUUCCAAAAAGGCCUAACCCUAAUUAAAAUGUAUCCUUGGCUUUGUACUAAUUGGCCUUGGAACAGCUGAAGAAUUUCCAAUUUUAGUUACCCCUGGCCAAAAGGAUUUCUAAUUGAUUUUGUUUUACAAACAAUGCAUGGAAUAAAAGUUUUCAUUCAUAUGUAGUUUGCCUUAAGAAAAUUAUAGUACUUGAGGUUUGUGUGCUCUACAUAUUUUUAAACUAACAACUGUAAAGCAUAGCUUGUCUUGGUUCUUCUUUCAAAGGUUAAAAAAGAGCUUAUACAAAUCAUAACCGACAUGAAGAUAAUAAGUCUUCAGCAACUCAACCGAGUGGCAGCCUUUGUAGCGUUUUGCAACAAAAUGAAAAAAGAAGCUACGCCGCGGAUUCAGGUACUUCUCUAAAAUAAAUCACUAAGGAUAUAAGCUCCUUCCUUCUUAAAGCCGUUACAGGCCUUCACAGUCUUGGAACAGUAUUUCCUACACAUAAUUUUAAGAAAAUUACACUGUGUAUCAGUAACGUAUAUUAGCACUAAAACUUAAUUGUCAGUAGUAAUUUGAAUAUCCUUUUUUUUUUUCCGUUUUUUUCUUUUUUUUUUUUGCAGAACAGUUCUAUCCAAAUUCUUACAAUGGCCAUACAUUUCUUGAAGAGCCAGAUGGACAAAAACUUGAGUCAUAUUACGGAUGUCAUUGUGGAGGGAGCUACAUUCAUUCUUACAGCAGCGUCAGAAAAACCACCACUUGAAAACAGAACUGAAGACUCAGGAACGGUAAUUUGACUUCUUUGGAUUCCUGACGGUGGAUAAUUACAUUUACAUGCAUGAUUAACUGGCUAUGUAAUCAGUUAACUUGGGUACAGAGCACAGCUGAAGAUAACCUCUCUCUCCUUACAUUAUUUAGAAUCCAUUUUUUAAAAGGAUACCAACUUGCCUCAACAACAAAUACAAGUGCUGAGAGGUAAAGCCAAGUUCAAGGAAGGGCUUUCAAACUAUACGAGGAAAAUAGACCCAUGAAAAUAAAUAAGGAAAUCGUGUUCAAUGGAUUUCUUUGUAAUCCUGAGGAAAAUACAUCUUAACUGAUUUUCUUUUUUACUUUUAAGUUAACAUUUUAAACACUCCCUAAAACCUAGUGCUUACCCCAUUGUUGGUCUUACUAUCUACAACACAUAACUUACCUUCUGUACUUGCUUUGUCUUCAAAGGAGAUUACCGAAAAAGCAAUAACGCUUUUACAGCAAAUAGCAGUCAUAAGAGGAAAUUCUGCAACUGAUACAGAUGAAGUCAAACUUCGCUCCAAGGGCAUUUCCAUCCUACGAGCAAAACUGAAGAAGAGCAGAAGGGUCUUGUACCUAGAAAGAAAUGAAGUUCACUUGCCAGCGGAACUACUACAACGGAGUGGUACAGUACAGGUUGGAAAUCGCUUAUAUUACUUAGUACUAAAUUGGUAGAGAGUCACUCUACUUUGUUUUACAAUCUGUUUCUAAGUAACGCAGACGAAACGCGUUCUAUUUAAGUUGCGCUUACCGACAGCCUUGGAUUUAAAAUGACAGCGUAACAAAUUGAAAUACUUUUUUCGCUUGAGUUACGUGCAUUAAAAAUCGCGCCCACUGAACUUUUCCUAACGACGGUGUAAUUCGAGAAAUUUAACGCUUGAUAAUGAAUCAUAAAGGAGUGGUAUGAAACUUUAUUACACCCAUUUUGAAAUCACUGAUGGUCUCUGUAAUCUGAUUGGCUCUAAUUGGUGCGAUUUAUUCACGAAUCGCACCAUUUUUUGCUUUAUAUCACAUCAUUUUCUUAGCCAAUGAGGAGGCUACACUGAAAACAAAACAACCGAUCAGAUUUCAAGGCUUGUAUAAAGUAACCAAUCUAAUUGCAGGAAAAUGAAAGACAAAGGGUAUCAUGUGGAAAAUUUUGCAACCUUUGUUUCCAAAACUCCCCCUAAAAAAUGGAUGGAUUUAAUUUCAAACUAGCUCAGUGCUGCAUCAAUAAAAUAUUUGAACUGACCAAUUCCUGUAUUUGGGCGAUUUCAAAAUGGAUGUAUUAAAGUGGUAAUUGGACCUUGUGCCGUGCAAUUUUGGUCUGAAAUCAUACUUGUGAUUUCAAAUCACACGAAUGAUUUCCAGUCAGCCCAAAUUGCACUCCACUUAGUUCAAUUACCAUUAUAAAUCUAUCAGAAGGUUUAGAGUCAGCUCUUUUGAUAGGGUUAAAAGUGAGGGGGUUAUGCUUUCAUUUAGUUAUACAUACAUUGACAGCCUAGCAGAAUAAAAACAAGAGAAAAAAAAAUUACAUGCCUGUUUUAGGUAUAACCAUUACUCACUUCCUGUCCUCCAUUUAGUUCAUCAGGUUUGAUAAAAAUCCCUAUACGGGGAAUCCAGAAGUCGUUCCAGUGAAAGUAUCAUACAUUGAUGUUACGUUUUGGUAUAAAAAUGAGACCAAGAUGAGGAUUUACAAUCUUAGCCAUCCAAUCAGGAUUGUGUUUCCCAGAGAGCCAGUGACUUCGAUGGAAAUGGAAGAACCAGCUGAGAGUCUAUUUCUUACAAAGAAAACAAUGCGUUAUCACGAGUUUGAUAUACCCUCUCAUGAAGCCGCAGUUAUUGUGAGUAUACGACCGGAAAAGAACAUUACAUUGAUUGUUUAUGUCAAGCACGGCACACGACCAACAUCUGAAAACUACGACAUAGCUGUUACCUUGCCGAGGGCCAACCAUACUUGUUUGAGUUUUAUCAGUGAGGAGAAAGAUAGCUGCACCCUUCGUGACCCAUACGAAUUUGAUAUUUCACCAAACGUCACAGGACAAAAUGGAACUCAUUUCAUCGGCAUUAAGAUUCUAGAACAAUCACCAGAUGCUUUAAAUACAUCAGUGGGAAAAAAAGGGGAUCAUGGUAAAGAUGGCAAGUCCUUGGAUCAGAUGUCUUGUGUAAAUGUUAAGCCACCACCGACUGCAAAAAGCAGUGUACCUCGAGAAUUCGACCCUGCAGAGGAUUUCAGAUACAACCUAACUGUUAGAGUGGCAAGCUGCGUCUUCUGGGAUGAACUUAUGAAACAAUGGUCUGUCUAUGGAGUGAGGGUAAGUAAUGAGUAGUACACGGAAAAGAACUCGGCCAAUAUCCAGCCAUUCAUUGAAUAUCCAUUGAAACAAGAUUUAGCGAAAAAAACUAGACACAGGUCUUUUUCUAGGUACUAGCCAGUUGCACUUGACGAGAGAACUUAAAGUGCCGGUGUGAUUAUGUCUGAGUAUUUUUAAUCUAAGAAAACCAGAUAUUUCUCUCAAAUUAAAGGCAGCAAACAAGCACCGAACAUGAAAUAGCUGGCAAUCUUUAAAUAACUUUGUUUUAAAUUUUUAGGUCGAUCCUGAAAGCAACGAAUAUAGAGUUGCAUGCCUAACCAAUCAUCUAACGAUGUUCUCUGGCUAUCUGUAUGUAGCUCCAAACAAAAUUGAUUUUAAAAAGAUUAGUCCAGACUUUGAGGAUCUGCCACCAGAAAACGCAGUGGUGUUGUCUACAGUUUGCCUCAUCUUUGUGUGUUAUGCUGUGGGGCUGAUGUUUGCCAGAAGGGCUGACAAUAGAGACAAAAGAAAGGUAAGCGUUUUCACAUGUAGCGAGGUGCACGUUUCUAAUCAAUCAUAUAUUUCCCUCACUUGAAUCAUUUUCUUGACGCAUCAGUACUAUCAAGUUUGUUAACCCAAGGAUAAACACAAAUCGAACCAAAUUUGCCUGAGAAAGUUUGAUGUCUCAGUUGUGAGAACGUUUAAAUGAUAUUUCUUCACUCUGAGAACGAAGAUUUGAUAGAGCACGGAUUUAAAGAUUUUGAUACAAGUCCAUACAGUAAUAUAAUAGUCCAAUAAGUCGUUGAGAUUGACAGGGUUUUUAGGCUAACGAAUUGUAAAAAUUUUAAUUUUCUGUUGUAAUAUUAGCUUUGAAAUUAAACCUUUUCCUUAUGUUUUUCGACACAGGACUUUGAAGACACGCUUAAAUUCAUAAUUUAAGUAUUUUCCCAUGCCGAAAACGUCAGUGAAUCUCAUAAGCGUCUCUUCCUCUCACAGGUUGUAAACACUGAGGCGACGUCGCAUAGCCCCGGAGAAUCCUCUAGUUACAGCUACCAGGUCUUCAUCCAGACUGGAAUGUGGUACGACAAUGGCACAACUGCAAGAGUCGGUAUGAUACUUUUCGGCGAGGACGGAAACAGUGACAUAAUAUACUUUAUGGAUCCUUGGAGAGAAAGCAAACUUUUCACACGUGGUAGCGUGAAUACGUUUACCUUUAACCUUCCAUGUCAUUUAGGGCAGGUGUACAAGAUAAAAAUUUGGCACAACAAUGCUGGCAAAAGUCCUUCAUGGUUUUUGUAUCAGGUCGGUGUAAAAGACCUUUCCACCAAGGAGACGUGGCAUUUCAUUGCAAAUAGGUGGCUUGCUGUAGAGAGCCCUGACGGUGCAAUAGACGUCGAGGUAUCAGCUGCUUCGCGAAAAGAAUUAACGAAAUUUAAAAGACUGUUUCAGUGGCGGGCUAUAACAAGCCUUGCAGACAGGCAUUUAUUUCUUUCGCUCUUUGUCAGGCCUCCGCAGAACCCCUUCACACGUUGCCAAAGGCUGACAUGUAUGCUGUCAAUUAUUCUAGUGUCAUUAGUAACAACUGCAAUGUUCUACAGGGACAAUAAAAACGAAAAAGAUACAAAUUCCUUCCAACUUGGGCCACUUGAGCUAAGCUUGACGCAAAUUAUCAUCGGUGUGCAGAGCGGUCUCAUUGCCCUGCCUGUUAACAUCCUCACAGUGAUGAUAUUCAGAAACACAAGGAGAAAUGUGUCGAUAGACUUCCCAAACGAAUCUGAAAAGGAGGGCACCUCCUCUAUACAGACACCAGGUUUUUUUCCGCCGUACUUCAUCGUUGUUGGGUGGGUGAUUUGCUUGACAACUUCAGUUACGUCAGGAACCUUUGCGAUACUCUACAGCGUGCAAUGGGGAGCGGAAAAAGCAAAUCGCUGGCUGCUUUCCGUUGGAGUAUCAAUACUCCAGGAUAUAUUACUGAAUGGACCAAUUAUCAUCAUAGUAAACACAUCUAUCAUGGCUUUAGUAAACAGGAAACCAACUGAGGAUAACGAAAUAGAAAAGAAGACCCAACAAGCAAACCUAGUGCACGUUGUUCAAGAAGAUGAACUUGUAGCAAGUCACAAGCCGCCAGAGGAAGAACUACAAAGAGCUCGAAGCUUAAAACUUCAACUGAAAAAGCUACGGCGCUUCUUUAAAGACCUGGUGAUCUACGUUGUCUAUGUCGUCCUGCUAAUGAUUGUGUGCUAUGCAGACCGUAAGCCGUCAAGUUACUUACAGACAAAAAGGUUAAAGAACACGUUCAGUGCAUUCUACCAGGUAAUAUUGUUGCGCGACUGGCUUGCAUUCAUGUCGCUUCUGUUUUACACCACACCACAUACCCAAAUUCAGUCAGUAGGGUUAUUUACCGCUUUUCUAUCCCAAAAUGCUCAAAACGACCAUGCAGCAAUUUAUCUCAAGAGGUGCAUGUCUUUCUUUGUUAGGACCUCCACCUCCAAUCGAGGGAGAGACGUGGCCUUACUAGUGGCCCAUUUAACCAUGAAACAAAAGGACGAAGCUUACACCCUAGUUUGGCUAGUUUGUUUUUUCUUAGGCAAGAACAAUUAUUCUCGCAGCUGCAUUUCCCCUUGACCCGGGUCUAUACCAGAGAAUACCUCAUUGAAUCGCUUCAUGCUAAAAGCUCUUGUAGUAUGCGUCGGUUAGCUCCCUUCUAAGAUUUGGAAUCCAGGCACAUCUAUCUCUUCACCUCAAUUUUUUUUCCUCGUAUAAAUUAUUCUUUGACAAUGAGAGCCGAUCGUUUUAUCUUAUCUAGGUUCAGGAUGCAAAAUCUUUUUGGAACUGGUUUGAAGAAGAACUAGUUCCUGGCCUUUACGACAGUGAAAAGACUCUCAACGGUAGUGAGACCGGGAUGAUAAGUGGCAAGAUUGGCUUUAUUGUGGGCCUCCCAAAGAUACGACAGAUACGUAUUAAGUCAGGUCAGGCUUCGUUCUUGUCACUUUUGAGAUACCAUCUUAUUAGAAUCAAGUAAAGUAGAACCGGUUCAUUCUCCUAGAAUAAGUCUCAGUACUUCUAGCCCAGCAGUAUUACGAAGGCUAACUGCGUCUUAAUCCAGGCUACUCGGAUUUGCAUCUGAACUGAAACAUCAGAGAGAGGGAAUUCUUUAAACUAUAAUCAGAACCAAAGACGACAGCUUCAAUGCUGCUUUUCGAUAUUUUUAGGCUAUUUUCUCCUUUGUUUUGUUUUCAUUUUUUUUUGAUAGUGUUUCGGAGUGUGUGUUUUAUCAAAACAACGAUAAGCCCCUUCAGCCAACAAUUCCUUCAUGCUAUUCAUCAGGAAGUAAAUGAUAACUAGAUAAAACAUUUUUUUGCGCUUAACUGCUCAGACAAUAAAGGUAACUCGAUGCGCGUAAUUUAUUUUGAUCAUAUACAUUUUUUUCUUUCAUCAUCCAUAGAACCCACAUGCAGUGUGUUUCAUGUUCGACCAGUUUUACGCAAGUACUUCGAUAAGCACUGCACCUCAGAUUUUUCCAAUUCAAACAAAGACACCACGCCGUAUUAUAGACCCGGAUGGAAGACAUGGCCAAUUUCAAACAUUUCUAUAAAUUCACAGCAACUUAACAAAUUAUGCCCAGAACCGUGGAGAUAUAAAGAGCCCAUGGGACUCGGAGACGUUUUCCUACCUUACGGUGGCGGGGGUUACAUAGCAAAGCUUGGAUACGAUGCAACUACAGCACUUAUGGUCAAAGAGAGCAUGGAAGAGAAUAAUUGGAUAGAUGACAGGUCAGCUGCGGUUAUUGUCGAGUUCAUAGUAUUUGAACCCGCAAAUCUUUUACUCACCGAAGUUAUGCUCCUCUUCGAGAAGUUCGCAAACAGUAGAAGAAGUACAAGAAUUGACAUAAUUCCUCAAUAUAUUUUCCCUUCCACUGGCUCCUCUCUGCGCCCAUUCUAUCGCGUGAGCAUUCUUUUAUGGCUUAUUCUAAUCCUCGCUUUAUUUUUUCUCGAAAUCAUCAAGGCGACAAAGCAAGGGCGAGGGUACUUUAAAGGCUUCUUCAACUGGAUUUCCAUCUUGCAGAUUCUUUCAUCUUGUUGCGCGGGUUUGACUGUUUUUCUGAAAGAGAACACUUUAAAAGCUUUCCUUCAACAAAUACGUGGCAAUCCCUUUGGGGAUUGGAGCCCUUUCGAGCUCAUCAUAUGGUCAAGUUUUGAAGAAAUUAUUUUGUCUAUUGCUGUUGUGACGACAACCAUCCAGUCUCUAAGACUCAUACAGCUUAAUCGUCAUGUCCAUGUCAUGAAAUGGACCCUCCAAAGCGCCUGCCGGUAUAUUCUGUCCUUCAGCGUAAUUAUCUUGAUGCUUGCUCUCGCCUUCGCACAGUUUGGAUCACUUCUGUUUGGAGCUAGGGAUGAAGAAUACGCCACACUCUAUUUUGCGCUGCGUACAGUACUUCAAAUGGCCAUCGGGAUAGGAAAAAUACAAGUUAAUAAGAUGAAUGGUGAUUCAAGCGAAUGGUUUGCCCCCAUUUACUUGUUUGCUUGUAUGCUAAGUUUAACAAUUGUUUUCGUUAACACCUUUAUUGCAAUAUUGGAUGAUGCGUUUCAUCAGGCCAAUGACAGAGAGUACCCAGGCGAAGGAGCGAUUGUGGUUAUGAAAAAAUGCGUAAAAGACUGGUUCAAGAAAACUGGUAAUGUCGAAACUGCCGGAGGAGUAUUCAGAGAAUCUCCGUUUCGAAAGACUAUCCGAAGAAAGUCAAAUCAACCUUUAUUAAGGAAGGAAACUCCUGCAGAAACUAACAGGCUUUUGAACUUUGAGGGAAAGCUUCGCAGUGAAUCUCCAGUGCAGCUCACAGGAUUUAGAUGUCUGGACGACAUUGAAAAUGAUCAAUACAAAAACAGAGCAAAGCUCGCCGAAAGUGAAAGUCUUUUGAGCUACGAAAGUCUUACCGAGGAGACUGACAAAUUGGCAGGCCAUCAGAUCCUUUCUCAAUCGGGUUUCACUGAAUUUAAAACAGAAAGCAACGUGACAGAAGUGAAGGACCCCAUUGUUAAUGAUGAAUACAAUUAUUUAAUUGACGCAAUUGGUGACGUUUAUUGCGAUACUCCAUCAACCGAAGAGGAACUGCUUCUGUCUGAUAUCACAAGAAUCAUGAAAACCGUACGGUCCGAUUUCAUGGCGGCACUCCGAAAGGAUGAAGACUGUUAUUCUGCCUCUUCCUCUUCUCUAUCAUAUGACGUUAGCUAUGAGGAACUGAAUGAGUCAGCAUCUAUGCUGUCUUUGAUUCAAGCAUGUAAGGACUCUUCGAACAGUAGUGCUUGGAGUUAUGUCCGUGGCAUGCUCAGGAGCCAAGGUAAACGUCUCCACCGAACCCUCAGGCGCCAAUCCAAGACUUACAGUGAAGAGGAGAGGGAGAGCUACAUAUGA